ACCCCCCUUGCCCCUCGAAAUACGGAAGUCGGCCAAGUCUUGUUUUCAUUUUAUUUUUGAGGCCCCACUCACAAGUGUUACUGUGUCUAUUGACGUAGGACAUGUUAUAACUGGUAGUUGCUAACUUGAGCAAUGAAACGAGCGACCCGUGACUGUUAACCUGAACAAAACAGGGCGUGGAACCAUGACUGAUGUGUUGACAUUGAGCUAUUUAUAGUCAUUCAGGUAACAUACUCAGAAAAGUAAAAUGGAAUAUAGAGGUAAUCCUGAUGGAUACCAUGGACCCCCGAGGAAACCAGACCAACUACAGAUGCACUCAGUAAACCCCGGAUACACCGAGCCAAGCCCUACAGGUAAUGGGCGCCCUCCAUAUGUUAUAGACAUGCAAUCUGGUAUCAACGAUUUAGAUGAGAGAAAUGGUGGGGAUGAAGAUGGCAGGAAUAUACGCACCAGAGGAAGCCGUCGUAACUGGGCGGCAGACAAUCAGAGAGAUGCCACAGAUCUCAUCAAUGAACUUCCCAGUAGACAACUGGAGCAAAUAGCAAGUGAUGUUGCCAGGCAGACUAUCAGGAGGAAGAAGAGUAAGAAGAAGUCUUUCCACGGAACGGUGAGGGGAGUGCAUGACUACAAUGACCUAGCGGCCUCACUGUCACGUGACCCAGAUUUGAUGGACGAGUAUGAUGGGGAGACGAGAACUACAGAGAUGUUACGUGACAUGGCUGUCAAGUUAACAGACAAAAAGGAGAUCAGAAACAACAUUUCAAAUUCACGGCAGCAUACGAUACGGCGAGGCCUCCAAAGUCGCAGACCAGGGUGGUGGAAGAGGACCAAGUACAGCAUUGGAAUUGGCUGGAUGCAUUUUAAAUACCGUCUGGCUGAACUUGCGUACUCCAUGGAGCUAUGGAGAAGUCUUAUAAAGAAGAUUGAGGGUCACUUUGGUACUGGUGUAACCUCCUACUUCUUGUUCCUUAAGUGGAUCUUCCUCCUCAACAUCCCCAUAUUCUUCCUUACUCUUGGCUUCAUUGUUAUUCCACAAGUUGUGUAUGUUGAGUUCCAACCAUCAGCGGAGGCUGUAGCUGAAGCAGCGGCCCAGAACAACAUGACAAAUAUCACCACGCUGGCACCAGAUGUCACCACCAGGGCAGCAUUCACAGGCGAAGAGCUCCUUACCGGCUCUGGCUAUUUUACUGACACAGUGUUGUACUAUGGGUAUUACACCGAUGAUAAAGUCCAGGUGAUUGGGGAAACCAAGUACAAUAUGAAAUACGCCUACCUCCUCACUGGAGGGGGCUACUACAUCCUGUGUCUCAUCAUCCUGGCACUAAGCAUCUCCAGAUCAUAUAAGAAAAACUACAUAGAAGCGAGUGGAGUGUUUAAUUUCUAUAUUGUGACCAAGGUAUUCUGUGGCUGGGACUAUAACAUAACUGCCCCAGAUGCUGCACGGCUUCGACACAAAAGUUUCUUAAAUGAAAUCAAGGAAUUUUUGUCUGGUAAAAAGUUUAAUGAUGGUGAUCGCGGUUUUUCUUCGAAGUGUAAAUGGUUUUUUGUGCGUGUUCUUACCAACACCAUCGUGCUGGGGAGUAUAGGAAGCUCAGCUUAUUGUAUAUACUACAUACAGGACACAGAUUAUAUCAAGACCAGUAUCGUUAUCUUGGGGAAGCUGGCCAUGCCAUUAGUCGCCACAGGAAUCAUCCUUGUGCUGCCAUUUUUCUUCACAAGGAUAGGGAAGCUAGAAAACUACAACAAACCACAGACUGAGUUGUACGUCGGCAUGACAAGGACCAUGUUGCUGAAGGCAGCUAUUCUGGGUGUUUUAGCAUACUUCUGGUUCAACAGAGCGACACAAAAAAAUGAACCCUGCUGGGAGACAGCCUUGGGAGAGGAUAUAUACCGACUAGUGCUUGUCGACUUUAUCUUUACUCUGAUUGCGACGUUUUUCCUGGAAUUUGUUCGGCGAUUGUUGGGUCAGUACUGCUGUAAACAGUUAGGGGAUACAGAAUUUGAUAUUGGUAGGAACACGUUGGACCUCAUCUACUCCCAGGCCUUGUGUUGGCUUGGGACAUUUUACUCUCCUUUGCUGUCAUUCAUCAUGAGUGUCAAGCUAUUCAUCAUAUUCUAUAUAAAAGCGAUCAGCGUGCUGCAGAACUGUAAGCCAUCAGUGAGAGCGUGGAGGGCAUCAAAAAGUCAUACAAUCUUCCUCGGCUAUCUCUUCAUCUUCUUCCUCCUGGCGGCCAUUGCAGUGGCUUAUGGUGUGUUGCUAGUGCGGCCCAGUAGCAGCUGUGGUCCCUUCCAAGGCCAGUUACAAGCCUAUGACAUCGUCACCACUCUGGUUAACAGCUGGAAGGGCGACCUGGAUUGGCUUCGUCAAAUCUUUAAACUAGUGUCAUCCCCAGGUUUCAUUGCCAGUGUACUUGUUGCCUUCAGUGUUGGGACCUACUACAUGAGGAUAGUAAUGGUGGGCCACAAAGAAAUGGUCAAACUGCUGCGACAACAGUUAGCUAUGGAGGGCCGUGAUAAAGCAUACCUGCUGAACAUGUUACAAGAUGUCAGUCGGUCUAGAAAGGAGAAGCUGCGACCAUCUACUGAGAAUCGCAUCUUAUCCCCAACUUCAGCUACUUCGAUGGAGUCUUUAACUUCACCUGGUGGACGGAAAUUUGCCCGAAAAAUGGCAGAGAGUGUUGCCGCUAACACACCCCAGCAAUCACCUGCCCUUAAUCGAAGAAACAGACACAUGGACAGUAACGAAAACCUCAACGCACGCUUCUAAUGGACGCUUCUAAUGGACAAAUGGACGCUUCUAAUUGACGCUUCUAAUGGAUGCUUCUAAUGGACGCUUCUAAUGGACGAAUGGACGCUUCUAAUGGACGAAUGGACGCUUCUAAUGGACGCCUCUAAUGGACACUUAUAAUGGACGCUUCUAAUGGACGAAUGGACGCUUCUAAUGGACAAAUCUCCUUCCUCAGUAGUGAAUGUUUUGUUGUGAUAGUUAUCAUAGAGAUAUCACUACUGAUAGUAAAGAUACAGACACCUUUCAUUUCUGUCCUGCAACUUGCUAAUAUCCUUUUCUUUUAGAGGAUGAAGUGUAAACCUGUGUUAAUUGAGGAGAUGUACGAAGACAGGAGAGUCUAGAGGUGCUGAUACAAUAUUGUCUUAUAAGGUGACAUUGUGUUGAAACGUAUGCUGUUUAACAAAUUAUCCACCAAACUGACAAAACAUACAACAUCUGAAUAUUGUUUUACCAACCAUUGUAUCUUACCUAACAUGUCUUAUUGAAUGUCUAUUAAAUGUCUUAAGAAUCAAA